AUGCCCGCAUACAACUCCGUCUUCAACUCCGACCCCAACGUCCCCCGCCUAAUCGGCAACUUCCCCCUCCUUCCACUCCGCACCAAGACCCGCGGUCCUGCCUACACCCUCCCGAUUCCCUCGCCGCCUCUCCCGGCCAACGAGUCGCCCGACCCGGACAGCGAGAGCUACGAUAUCCUCGACGAGGUCAUCGCCCUCUUCCGAGCAAACACCUUUUUCCGUAACUUUGAGAUCCAGGGUCCCGCCGACCGCCUGCUCGUCUAUGGCAUCUGGUUCAUUAGCGACUGCCUGACCAAGAUCCGACCUCAGGCAUCUCUGCGUGAUGCCCAGAAGGAUGUUAUGAACUUGGCUCUCGACCUUAACUUUGCCAUUCCCGGUGACCCCGGAUGGCCCCUUAACCAGAUGUACGAGCCGCCUCGGGAUAGGCAAGAGGCCGAGCAGCUGAAGCAGUACCUGUCGCAGGUCCGACAGGAGCUGGCCGUCCGGUUACUCGCCAGGGUAUACGAUGAGGACGAGACCAAGCCCAGCAAGUGGUGGUUGAGCUUCACCAAGAGAAAGUUCAUGGGCAAGUCUCUGUAG